AUGGAUGUAAAUAGCCAUGAAAAUGAAACUCAAAUCGAUAAAUUUAAUGUCCCAGUUACGAAAUGUUCUUAUUGCGGUAAACCAUUUGCCGUGAAAUUAUGGUGCAAAGAAUGUGAUCCUUGGUCUUAUAGAUGUAUGGAUGCAAAUACAAAUAAAAGACCAACGUGUGAUGAAUUACUUAGAAUAUUGAAUUUUUGGAACGAGUCUAUUUUUAAUUAUGAGAAGUAUAAAUAUAUCAAACAUUAUGGAAAAGAAAUAAAAGAAGCAUUUGAAGAAGCUGACAAAGAAAUAUCAAAUAUAUUAAUAUUACGUACAACAAAUCCUGAUGCUGUAUAUAAAAGUAGAGCUUUUUCAUUUAAAAAUAUGACAAAGCCUAUUAAUUCAUCAUUUAUUACUUCAUAUCUUGAAAAGGAUGAAGAUUCUCAAUUACAUGAAUUAGAAAUUUCUGCUCAUUACAAUAAAGAUGUUGGAUGA